GCUAAGGCGACACCUAUGGUGGAAUGCAGACAGAUCGAUUCUUGGCGUGAAGGCUAGGGUUUGGAACUCUAGCCACCGACUUUGUAAUCUGACGAUACAUCGAUGGGGGAUAAGCUAGCAGAGGUGACAACAAGUCCGAGCUAGGAUUUUGAGCCUAGCCUCGCCCAUGGAGGAUACCAGUGCAGUACUUACAAGACAGAUUCAAAAAAGAGGUAACACUUCUUUUUUUUAUAUGCUAAGUUCUUUUUAUAUAAAAACUCAUUGGAUCUUCAGAAAUUAGAGACCGAUGGUGAUUCAUUGAGGGUUUCUGAAAGCCAGUUUGAUGCACUACUCAUAUUUCAUUCUAAUGUGAGUGAGUCUCCCUUAACUUUUGUUUGAAUUUCUUAAUAUAUUUGAUAAUAUUUGGGAAUUGGUUUUGAAAUUGAAAUGGUAGAAAAGCAAUGGAGAUGGGAAAACUGCUAAUGGGAAUCUGUUGGUGUGCUGCAACGGUGCAUCAACAAGUAGAGGCCGUAGUGAGUUGAGGCGGUGAAGAAGAAACAGAGGAGACACCUGCUUAGCCACAACCUCUCGAACACAAUAUCUUGCUAAAAAAGGCACAUAUAAAUACUUCAUAAUUCAUUUAAUUUUGAUUUGUCUUUACUUUCUUUUGUUCAACUUUAUCACUGUUGCCAAUGUUAUAUUUGGAUGCUUAAAGUUCAGAGUCGAGCAAUAAGGAUUUGGAUGAUUGUUUGGAGAAAAUGCCCCAAUGAACUUCGCACAAGAUAUUGUUGUUUCUUCCUUUCAAGCACAUACGUCGUUAGUGGUUACUAAGCUAAACCGUGGGUGAUAAAUAAGCUCAAGAAGAUAGCCACCAGUCAUCGAGAAUGAGAUCUAUUCGAGAACUUCUAGGGGAUGGAAACAGGUGGAGGCGAACCAUCUUUUUUAUACUUCAAGGCUAGAAGAGAGCAGAGGCCAACCAUCUUUUUUGGAGUAUAAUCUGAUUAUCUAUUUUUUAGAGGCAUGUGACUUAUUUAGGGCGGCACAAGAUCUUCAUGGGUUAUUGUAGUUGAGUUAAUUCGGAUAACUACUUGAAGUAAAAAAAACUUCUAUUCGUGUGUGUGUCAAGCUAAGUAUCAUAUGACGUUUAAUGGUCUGUUUUUAAAAGGUUAUGAAUUUGGCAAAAGCUUUUUUUGAGCUUGUUGAAGAGUCCAUUGUAGAGACUGGAUACCUAAUUGCAGAGAUUGAUAAAGAGUCCAUUGUAAAGGAUGAUGAUGAGUUGGUGGAGAUUGAUGAGUUCCAUUGCCGAAUGCCUAAUGAAGAGGAAGAGAAGCAUCUUCUUCGAAGAAUAGAUGAGAGGCUACUCUUCGAGCUAGGUCUGAAGUGGAUUGUUUAUAGAUUGAUGGUUAUCCAUUGGGAUCGGGAAGAUAUGAUUGUUGAUGUAGUAGGAGAGUGUCAUGAUGUUAGCACGACACUAGUGGGGAUGUUUUUGUGUGUUAAAGAACAGUUCUGGUAUGACAAGAGGGACGUACAUUCCAUGGAAAUGAGGAUGCGCAAUCUCCCAGUUAGUGGAUUACUUCAUGAAGUGUAUGUCUAUGGAAGAAACGCGCCAAAGAUGGUGGCUUCAUAUGAAGGAGGAAAGGAGAUGUUGUGUCGAGAACAUCUUUACUAUAGCAUGCCAUUCAUCAGUGUGCAUUUUCCAGUGGAAUAUGCUGAUGUCUUGACUCGUGAAGAUGGUAAAUUUAUAAACAGUGUCCGUGGCCCACCGGAUGCUGGUUUAGAAGUCAGACUAGAAGAAUGUGUAAGCGGAACCAACCGAACGAUGAAUCUAAUCAUUUUUGAGAAGUCCUUGAGUGCUGCUAGAGAUGCUAUGGAGACAGUUGUGAAGAAGGUGAGAGAACUGGGAGAUCCUCGGGCCUUGAAAUUGGCUGAUGUUCUGGGAGGCUGGUGGUUUGAGGGACAUGGUUCUGCGUAUUUCUCUGGCAUGUGUCUCACGGACGACGAGAGAGAUGAAGACGAUUACUGGUUUGCCGGCCAGUUGCUUCUCGCUAGAAAGAGGAGUGCUGGGUGGCCGCCAUCCCUUAUGGCCGGAGGAUAAACAUGCCAAAUGCCAUUGCCGUGUCCCCGCACGGUCUAGAUGUUUCUCUGGUGUUUUGGCGUGGUUUCCCUGUCAGACACGGGCUGAUGGCAACUUUAAUCCAGGGAGAUCUUGAAGGUCCUAGCAUGGCUGAGGACAAUGUCUUUGAGGUGGCAUGCAUCCAUUGACGCGAGUGACCCCCCAGAUGACAGAAAAAAGUUACCUUGACGUU